AGGAGUUUAAUUUAGUUUAAGGAGUUUGAGUUGUGUUUUAUUUUUUUGUAAACCUGCAACUAAAUGAAAUGGCUAGCAGUCUUGUGGGAUUAUGUGUAGAUCCGGAAUAAAACAAGGCAGAUAAAAUGAAGAGUUUACUUUUGUUCGGGUUGCUGGAGCUGUUUGUCGGAGUGGCCCGUGGAGCUUCCUUUUAUGGCGACGGAUUUGUGCAGUUGAAGGUAAAAGAUUCGUCUCGGCUCAACACACUCCGUGUCCGCUUCCGCACGUCUAGCCAGACAGGUGUGCUCUUCCUGGCUGCGGGCCAAACCGAUUACCUGCUCCUAGAACUCAGUUCUGGUAGACUUCAGGCAAAGUUGGAUCUUGGUGCUGGCGAGCGAAUUCUACAGUCAGACAAAGGGAACCCACUGAACGACUUGGCUUGGCACACAGUAGAUAUCAUCCAUGAUCAAUUUAAUGUGAACCUAACUGUGGACAAGCAUUUUCAGACCAGCCAGAGACUUCCAACCUCGCACCAAGAGCUGGAUAUCAGUGAUGGUUUAUAUAUUGGUGGGACGGGAGGCUUGGAUAAGGUCUAUCUCCCUACUGAUCUCACUGGUUUCCGUGGUUGCCUUGAUGAAGUGCUAUUUAAUCAGCACAACCUCCUCUCAUCGCUUAGGCCAUACUCCGGCUUAAAGAGUGUCUAUGAGGUUUCUCUUGGAUGCAGUCCUCAGUUCUUUGCUAAUGAAGAGGAAGCAAUCAGCUUUUUCAGUUCCAAGGCAUACGUCUCCCUUCCUCCAUGGUCUUCACAGCAAGAGCGGACACUUGAAUGCUCGGUACAUACAUCGGCUCAAGAGGGAAUCAUUAUGUACAAUUCCGCUCGGGAAGGGGGCUUUGUUGCCAUGGAGAUACACGAUGGCUUUCUUGUUGCUGCUCUAGGCAGAGAUGGAAUGAGAACAGAGCUCCGCUCUCUUAUUUCCAUCAAUGACAAGAAGUGGCACCAUGUUAAGCUUUACUUCACCUCUAAAAGCUUGCAGCUAACUAUAGAUGGAGAGAUGGUAAAGUCUAGUAUCAAAUCCAGAUCAAAAACUUUGCAUUUGAAAGGUUUGCUUUUCCUCGGUGGUGUAGAUGAUGGAACUUACUCUGAAGUCAGAAAGGUGGGCCUAUCAUCAGUAGCAGGAAAGCGCAUUAAAGGUGGCUCCUUCAAAGGAUGCUUUAGAGAUAUUAAGGUUAAUGGUGUAUUAACAGGUCUCCCAAAUGCUCUAGUAACUAAAGACAUCUCAGUCGGUUGUGAACCAGAAAAUGAGCCACAAAGCAGCACUUUAAGCCCGGUUACUAUGAGAAAGAAUGAAUUUUUCACUCAGUUACCGUCUAUAGAUAUGUCCACCCUUGCAAACGGUCUGGUUGCUGGGCAUGGACAUAAUUUCUUGCAACUUAGGAACCUUGUAGUCCCUGAGGGUGGUCGUGCCUCCUUAGAAUCAAAACAUAUUAAAGUGAACCUGGAUUUCAAGAAGCUUGGCAUCCGGCAGUCUCAGAUCAUGUUUCGAAUCGAAGAACAACCGGUGCAUGGUCAGCUGAGGUUUGAUGUGGACCAGGAGCAAGAAGAAAAUACUUUCAGUAUGCUGGAUCUGUGGCAUGGAAGAGUGAUGUACAUCCAUGGAGGUUCUGAAGAUCCGCAUGACUACUUCAUGUUCUCCGUCUUUUCCAGUAGCAGAAAAGUGACACCGAGCUACCUCAAGGGAGAGAAGUUGUACCGAUUCAGUGUGACAGUAACUCCAACCAACGAUGCCCCCGAAUUAAGCCUGCCUGAGGGAAAUCUUUUCGUUCUCUUAGAGAACUCUAAGAAGAUGUUAACCACCGAUGUGUUGAAAGCCAUAGAUGUAGACAGCAGCUCCACAGACUUGGUCUACACUGUAUUGGGAAACCUUAACGCUGAUGCUGGGUUUCUGGAAACUGAAGAUAACCCUGGUCAGGCAGUCACUUCAUUCCCUCAUUCACUUCUGGAAGCAGGAAAAAUAAACUAUGCCCACACCGGAGUAAGGAACUCAAGGAUAGUGCUGAGGGUUAGUGAUGGCGAGAAGAUAAGUAACACGGUGGUGCUGAGAAUUAUGGCGAUUAAAUUGGAAUACAGCAUUGCAAACAACACUGGGGUGGAGGUUACUCAAGGUGAGAUGGCUGUAAUCAACACUACACAAUUGGCCGUUCAGACAAACGCAGUAAGACAAGCAGUAGACAUCCGUUAUGAUGUCAUCGUGCCGCCAAGGUUUGGGGAACUACGGAAGCUUCAUUCCAGCGGAGAAUGGAAGUUCACAAAUUUAUUUACCCAACGAGUUUUGGAGAAAGACCGUCUGAGAUACUUCAGCACCUUUAAGGAUAUUCAGUCUGCUAAUGAAACUGAUCACUUUAAGUGUAAAGUCACAGUUGCAGCACAAGCAACGGAGGAACUGGUAUUCAAUGUAAAGACUAAAUGGAUUCAUUACAUUGUGGAAAGAAACGAAGUACUCGAGAUGGACAAAAUCAGGAGAGUUGCAAUUGGUUCAGAGCAUCUUUAUGCAACGGCACAAGGUGUAGCUUUAACUGAGGAUGAGAUUUAUUUCAAGCUCCUUUCUUCAACAAAGAAAGGGUUGAUUUUACUAAAUAAUGAAAUGUUAGAUACUUAUUCUACAUUCAGCCAAACGAACAUCACUACCAUGAAAGUGGAGUAUCAACUAAUAGAUAGACCAUACGAGAACACAAGCGACAGGUUUGAAUUCCAAGUGUUCAGCAAGCAUGCUCAUUCAGCUAGUCAUGUAUUCAGGAUAAAUAUCAGAGCAGAUAUCAACAGCGUUUACAUUAAAAACAGUGGACUUUCAGUUCUGGAAGGUGAGAGCAAACUUAUUACGAAUAAAGAACUGUUUGCUGAGACUCUAAGUACUAAAGAAAUCUUUUACAGAAUCACCGAGAUGCCAAAACAUGGCAAACUAUCACGAAUCAACCUGUCCAACUCGACCAAGGAUUAUGAUAAUCUAGUGUCUUUUACCAAUCGGGAUAUAAUAGAGGAGCGCCUUAUGUAUGUCCACGAUGACAGCGAAACUACACAUGAUCAGUUCAGAUUCGUGGCUUCGACAAGUCCGCUGGCAAAGAGCCACGUCAAAGAAGACGGGGUCGGCUCCAAAGACGGCGUCUUCAACAUCUCCGUACAAUUAGUGAACGAUGAGAAGCCUGUCCGCAUUGUAGAUAAAGUGUUCCAUGUCGUCAAGAAUGGACAGAGGCUGUUGACGUUGGAUGACUUGUGCUACCAUGACGCAGACUCUGACUUUAACGACGGUCAGCUUGUUUACACCCGCCGUGGGAUCCCCAUAGGUGAUCUAGUGCUUGUAAAUGACACUUCUCACAAACUCUACCAGUUUCGCCAAGAGGACCUGGAACAGAAGCGAGUGUUGUUCGUUCAUCGUGGGAUGAACUCUGGACGCUUCGUGCUUUUCGUAUCAGACGGCAAGCACUACAUCUCCUCACUGUUGGAUAUCAGCGCUCAGGAACCGUACCUUAAGGUCGCCAACAAUACAGGCCUGCUGGUGCAAAAAGGACAGGCUGGGACAUUAAGCAAUGCUAAUUUCAGUGUGGUUACGAACAUGGACGUCAGGGAGGACAGUGAAAUCAAUUUUAGAAUUAAAGACGCUCCAAAGUAUGGUGCAUUGUUUUUAACAGACAAGCAAAUUGACUCUUUCACCCAGAAUGAGCUGAGGAAUGCUUCGCUCUCGUAUCGCCAUGAUGGCAGCAAGAAUUUGGCGGAAUUUUUCAGUGUCAUCGUGGAAGCGAAAGGAUUUCAUGUGGAAGCCAAGAUCAAUGUGAAAGUGUACUUGGAAAGCCACCAAAAGCCCCCUGUCGUACUCAACAACAAAGUCUUAGUGGUAGACGAGGGAAAGCCGGUGAAGAUCGAACGCAGUAAGCUUGAGGUCACGCACGAAGCUAAUUCGCCCAAUGAAAUCAUCUUCACUGUCAAGGUUCCUCCAGUUUAUGGAUAUCUACGAAGUUUUCUUCACGGUAAAGAUCAAUUCCAGGGAAGUGAGCAGGACCCUUUAAUGAAAUUCACACAACAAGACAUCAACACUGGUAAUAUCCAGUACGUACAGACAGCGCCUGAACAGACAAACGACUCCUUCGUUUUGGAAGCAAGCAACGGGGUCGCAGAACUGAGUGGCAUUGUUGUGCCUAUAGAUAUCAUUCCUCAUUUUAUACCUGUUGAAGUGACCAAUAUCACGCUGAAAGAAGGGGGAUCUAAAGCGCUGACGGAAAAGAUCAUACGAGUUACAAGUCAGCAUUUCUCCGGGCUCCACUUUGUGUACUACGUGUCGGAGGGACCAGUGCAUGGACACAUCGAGAACUCCCGUUUCCCAGGGACACCCACGACAUAUUUUACCCGAAAACAGGUGGAACAGGAGUUUAUCUACUAUGUCCAUGACAACUCUGAGACGUUACAGGACUGCUUCACUAUAAUAGCCAACGCCUCAGAUCUACGAAAACACAGCACUCCCAAGACAGUGCACGUCCGAGUCACACCAGUGAAUGACGAACCUCCAGUUAUCACAGCCAACAAAGUCCUCAGGGUUUGGGUCAGCUCAAUGACAGAAAUCACUCCUGAAGAUCUCCACGCGGAGGAUGACGAUACCGUCCCAGAGCAGCUACAUUACCUCACCACUCAGCCCAGUAAUGGUCACCUGGCGCUGAAAAGUGCACCAACUAGACCAGUUAUGAACUUCACGCAGGCUCACAUAGACCAGGGACAACUACUGUUCGUGCACAGUGGAGCCACGGCUGGAGGUUUUAACUUCCAGGUGAAUGAUGGGGUGAACUUCGCUCCGAGGCAGAUAUUCAGCGUGACGGCACGUACGCUCGUUCUGCAGAUGGAAAGGAGCGGUCCACUUGCCGUGUUUCCAGGCGCUUCAUCCGUCAUUUCAAAAGAGGUCCUCAAAGCGGCAACCAAUGACAACGAGGGCAAUUCAAACCGCACUAUUGUUUUCACCGUUGUUGAUCCGCCGAAAUUCGGAAAGCUGGUGGCUGUGCAGGCAGACAAGUCCAUAACUGAGAUCUCUUCCUUCACACAAGAGAUGGUCGAUGAAGGUAAGGUGGCAUAUGAACAAAAUGUGGACUCUGUUGGAUGGGCAGCAUUAGACAAGUUCACGUUCACUGCAUCAUCGCCUCCUGCAAGCCUCGAGCCUCAGACCUUUGAUAUUGACAUCUCUUAUGAAAAUGCAGGGCCUGAACAAAACACUCUCCUUGUUAAAAAUACAGGAGCUGUGGUAACAGAAGGAGACAAAAUCGUCAUUGACAAAACAAUGCUGGACGCAUCAAAUCUCCUCACCAAACAGCCAGAAUCUCGUCGCAACUCCUAUGACGUCUGGUACCAGGUCAAGUCUCUACCUCAACAUGGUGUCAUCAUUGUGGGUGAAAGGAAUCUUACAAAAGAAAAGCCCUACUUCUCUCAGUUCAUUCUGAACAAAUACGGAAUAACCUACCAGCAUGACAACUCUGAGACCGUACACGACCGAUUUGUCUUUGAUGCUUUCCUCAACCUGAAGAGCAAACCUGCACAACGCCCUGAGGAUGACCGAGAAGUGUUAGAGGAAUCGUUUAACAUUACAGUCACUCCAGUGAAUGAUCAGCCACCCAUCCUGAAAACCAAAGCACCAAGCCUUAGAGUGGUUCAAGGAGACACUGUGGCACUCGGACCAAGCAACUUGAAUGUGGAAGAUCUUGACAAUGCUCCAGAAGAUAUCCAAUACUCAGUGAUCAGCAGACCUAGCAAUGGAUUUCUUUCUCUUGUUGGAAGCCUAAAUGUAUCUGUCGAUACCUUUUCUCAAGCCCAGAUCAACGAUGGUAAGGUAUUUUUUAUCCAGGAUGGCAGCCCUGCACCUGGAGUGUUCUAUUUCAGUGUCACCGAUGGCCAUCACAGGCCAGUCUACAAACUUUUCAACAUAGAGGUGUCGAAGAUCGCAAUUUCAAUUGUCAAUCAAACAGAUUUAGUAUUGGUACAGGGGCAAACAUCAGUGUUGCUUAACCAGUCACACCUGACCGCAGUGACUAAUGGAAAAAACACUACUGUCCAUUAUAAAAUAACUGCUCCUCCGAAUUAUGGUAAACUUCUCUUGGAGAACAAAGAAGUUUCUUCUUUUAACCAGGAUGAUUUGGAAGCAAAUAGGUUAAGCUACCAUAUGAUCAAUCUUGCAUCCUCCUAUGAUAACUUUGAGUUCACUGCCUUCACAUCAGAGGCAAACCUGACUGAUCAAAUGGUUAACAUCACAGUCGAGCCUUUAAUUAGGUAUGCACAAGGUGUAAAGUUUUCAAAUGAAAUUCGUGUUAAGCUCAAGGCAGACUUUCUCAAUGUCUCUGAGCUUGCCCUGAUAAGUGGUAGUGAUCCGUCGUUUGAAAUUCUUGCCGCACCAAAGUACGGCAAGAUUUUUAAGACUGGCAACGAGAAAAAAGCAGAGCCUACAAAGACAUUUUUCUUCAGUGAAUUACAGCAAGAAAAAGUCACCCUGGAGCUGAAGGCCAACCUUACUGAAGUUCAAGAGGUGAACGACUCUUUAGGAUUUGUUCUAAAAGCCGGCACCCUCCAACCUGCAAACGGGAAGUUCGUCUUCAGCAUUGUGCCACAUGACCCUGCUCUGAUAACAACCACAGCUGUUCCGUUCUACACAAGUAGUACUGUGUCAUCCAGCCAAACCACAGUUAUGAGCUCCCCUACCACUUCAAAAUAUCCAACAGUUCAGCCUUCAGUGCUAUUCACCAAGGCUGUGCCAAAGUUCAAGGGCCGCAAUCGCUGGGGUCACUCGAAUCGCAGUGACUCACAUGCCACAACUAUGCUUAAACCAACUCAUGGUCAGGAAACUAUCCCAGUGAGAAAUCAACCUGUUAGGGUUGAGUCGGUGUCCCAGAGCGACUCCUUCACUGACCCCAUGGUUAUCAUCCUCCCACUGUUAGCUCUUCUCCUUGUCGUCAUUGCGGUCAUAUUGGUGUUAGUGCUGAAGAGAAACCAACAGAAAAAGAAAAAACAUUUGAAUGGUGCUUCUGCUCCAAAAGCCUCUCCUGAUAGUAGACACUUACAGGGUCAUGCAGAGAGGACUGCAAUAGUUCCUUUAGUUACUGUAACCCCUCUCAGUCCAAGCAACCCUGGUAGUCCUGCUCUGGCGAGACCACAGACAGGCAACCCUGCCCACGGGCAGUACAUGACUCUGUGCUCCUUUGGCGACAUUGAAUCCACUCAGUUUUGCAGGACGACAAAUCCCACACUGCAGAACAAUCAGUACUGGGUGUGAGCUACAGUACAAGUCUGUGGACAAGGAUCAAGUCAUCCCAGAGUUUUAAUUGAAAGUAUUUUGCUUUGUUAUUAGUUCACUCAAGAUUUCAGCAAGACUGUUGAAUUUAUUGUUUGGGAAAGGUGGUACACAAAACAUCAGUUAAUUAGGCAACUGAGUUUAGGAGCUUAUCCUCACACGCCCACAUCAUUCAUGGGAACAAGCAAAUCAUGGGUGUCUGUGAGUUCAAACAAGCAGAAGGAGGUGGUUAGUACCUUCCCCCUGAGAGUGUUACGUUAUACCCUCUUGGGAAAGAUUUGGUUGGGGGCUUUACAUGCCUCGGUGAAACGUCUGUUAUCCCGGACACUGCCUGGUUGUCGCUGAUGGGGGAGUGCAUUAUAAUAAAAUGGGUGGCAACUGGACAUGACUGAAUUGGGGAGAAAACUGGGGACAAAUCCAAAAAACAAACAAAAACAGCUGCUAAUUUGCUUGUUAGUUUUGGUCACAGCGGAGGCACAGUUGUGCUGAUUGGAUCAGCACCGUUUCAGUCUAAAUAUCCAUUUUUACUUGAUAAAUUCUUAAUAAGGUUAAACCACUAGCUUGCCUUUUUGAUUGUGAUGCUAGAAUUAGCAACUUUACUUCUUUUGCACUCCAGUUUAAUUCACUUUUAGGGAAACAAUUAAACAAGCCAAAAAGAACCUAAUGAACCAAUUCAUUCAAAUUUGACAGACUAGGGGUCUAGACACAAACAUCCGUGAUGAUGAGUUUCAAUUAACUUUAGAGUAUUCUGAAGUGCAAAGCAUUUGCAAGAUCUACUAUAUAAGAGCAGGAUCUAUAAAAAUCUAGAUUAGACUAAAAUGGACUAGUGCUACAGGUGGGAUACGCUUUAUGCUAGACAAUCAGCCCACGAUACUAAAAAAAGACCAAGCGUAGGAGACAGGGAAGUGUGGGAGAGAAAACGGUCAUGAAGAGAAAAAUGAAGAAAGGGGAAUUAUUAGGAAAUUAGCUAGUAGGAACUUGGCAUUGUGAUCCAUUUCAUUUUAAAUCAUUAUGACUACUACAUAUUUUAAUAUACAAUGCAUUUCCUCAUUGUUGGUCUUGCAAAACAGAAAUGUUGCGUUAAGCACAAGAUUUGUCUAUUCACAGGAAAUUGACAUUUUUUUAUAUAUAUGUAUUUUUUGAUAAAGUAUAAAAGAAAUAUUGCUGAUACAAAAACACCUGGGCAACAAUCUACAUACGGUUGCAUGCAAGACUUCUUGAGUGUCUUGGUUUGAAACUAGAAUGUGGUUAACCUCACAAAACUAUGUGUUCGGUUUGGAAAGCACAUUGUUGGUAUGGUAUUGAAACGAUGCGUCUUCCUGAAGGCCUAAGUAUAGAGGAGUGUGAGUGAAACUGUAACUGGUACGAGUCUGAUAGUUGGAGAAAGGGCAUUGUAAACCGCAAUUUAUAAUUGGAUUAUCCAAGAAGAUAUGCAGAUAAUAUACGAUAUAUUGGCAGGGGAUUCACUCGUCUGCCUUCACAUGCAUUUGAACUUGAGUAACAUCCAAUUUUUAAUCCUUAAUACAUACAUUAACAAUGAGAAAAGUUUUGGACAGUACUCUAAUGGAAAUUUUAACGGAUGCAUUUAAUAAAAGUAGACGUCUAGUCUUUCUUUCCUAUAAGCAAGACUGGGUGUAGUUAUCCACCUGAGAUGGGUGCCCUGCUUUUGUCUACCUCAGACAUAUAGAAGUGAUCCAGGGCAAACCAAAAGAAAUGUUCAGGAAACUUUUUAUAAAAGGUAGGCUGUAAGAAACACUGAGAUUGCAUUGCAUUAAGGUACUAUCUGCUUUUAUGCUGUUGAUAAUUUUUUUAUAUAUAUUAUACAGUACAAAUAUUUAUUUCUAUAUCCAACUUGAAAGUAUUUAAACAGAAUUGUACAUUAUUUGUUAACGGUUAUAUUAGUUUACACAGUAGAAUUAGUGAUUUGGUUUUAUACCUCAGGUAUUGGGUGAUUACUCUACACUAGACACUAAAGUUUCUCAUGAGCACAUGAUGUAACUAUACUGUAUGUUACAUUAAGCACUGACUUGAUGAAAAAAUACACUGUUACUAUUUUCUUAUUUAUAUUUUAACAUGUGGGCUGCCGUGGUUAUUUCACCACAAAAAAAGAGAAGAAAAAAAAUCUGUUCUAGUCAUUAUCACUGGCCAUGUAAUCCCUUGCUCACUGUAUUAUUACUGUAUAUCUGUUGAUAAAUAGUGUAUAUACUGCACAUAAUUAAACCACAGUUAA